GAUCAUUAGUUCUUGUUCAGGAGCCAAUCACCUCUAUCCGUGCUCUCCCGUAGGAAGGUGACUUUGCGCCGGAGAUUGGUUGAACCAUGUCUUCCUUGGUGCGGAUCGGGGCAACUUUAAAGACCGGGGGCCGACUGAUAGCCGGGGUUGUACGGAACAAGCCUGGGGUCCGCAAUGCUGGAGGCGGAGUUCAUAUAGAGCCGCGCUACCGCCAGUUUCCAGAACUCACCAAGCACCAGGUCCGGCAGGCAGAGAUUCUGAGCGGGUUUAUGUGGUUCUGGAUCCUUUGGCACUUGUGGCACGACACGGAUGCAGUGCUGGGCCACUUCCCAUAUCCCGACCCCUCUGAAUGGACAGAUGAAGAGCUGGGACUUUCUGGAGGAGGAGAGGAAUAGAUGUUUCUGUAAGUAGCUUCCUGCCGACUGGUAAAGGGGUUUGGGUGCAAUGCAUCAUGGGCCUGUUGUACUGCUGUAAAUAAAUAUAAGAAACCAA